AUGGCACAAGACGCGCCGGCAGCUGCUGCGGAAGCACCCCCAGAUCGCCCCAUCGCCUCCACGCCAGAGCUGACGUCGCAGGCGGAAUGGCCCUGGCGGAAGGUAGAGAAAGCUUCCAGCUGUGAAGAGAAAGAGGCCACCGAGGUGCCAGAGGACCAUAUCCUGAGCUUCCGCAGAGACCUCUGGGACAAGUUUGAUUAUCUCUGGCGAGAAAGAAUCGAGCCUUCCCACGGUUUGCUGCAGAAGGUGGCAGAUCUUCUGAGAAGCCGAGCGGAGCUGGAACGGAAGUAUGGCGAGAGCCUUCUGAGCUUUGGGGGGGAUAUCCAGGUCGAGCCAGGUAACCCCGUCCACAGCGCAGUUGAUGCCAUGAUCGUCAACUUCCGCAAUCGCGGGGAGCAGUCCAUCACAUUGGCUGAUGAGCUGGAGCAAGACAUCAUUGUUUGCUUUGACACCGUCAUUAAGCAGCACAAGGAGGUGUCGAGAAAGAUCCACUCCGACAUGCAGCUUGUGCUGAGAUAUGCUCAGGAGAGGCGCAAAGCGCACGACAAGCUGGCGAGAAGGUAUGGUUCUCGCUGCGUGGAGGCUGAGCAUUUGGCACAGGACUGUUUGCAGGCAAUUUCCAUGAAGACCGCUGACCGAAUGAAAUUGGCCCAGCAAGUGGGAAGCUUGGAGCUUCUUCGUUUUGGCAUGUCCUAUCUGUUCAUUGCCCAAAACAGACUGCCUCAGAUCUAA